AUGGCGGACGACGAGAUGCCGGCCGGACUCAUGCUGGAGCGCUUCAUUGCGGACAAGUUUGCCGCCAUGAGCCUCUGCGUGCCGUCCGAUGACGUGGAGAUGAUGGCGCGCUUCGUGGAGGAGGACGGGAUCGAGCGCGAGGACAAGGUCGAGGGUGUGCGUGGUAUGCUCGAGGGUGUUGUGGAGACGAUGCCUUCUGAGGACGCGAUCAAUCCCGCGAUCGACGCGAUUAUCGACGAGCAGUCCCGUCUGGCAGUGAUCGAGGCUGAGGCUGAGGCCAGAGCGGCUGCAGAGGAGGAGAAGGAGGAGGAAGAGAAUAGCAAGCCUGGCGUCGAGGCUGUGCUUGCGAGUUUGACCGAGGAAGAGCUUGCCGAGGCCCGAAAAGCUGCAUUGCUACGCCAGUAUGCGUAUGUCGAGGGCGGUCCAGAGGAGGAGCGGUCUGAGGGACCGCCGCGCGGCGCGUCCAAGGAGGAGGCAGAGGCCAAGAAGGCGGCAGAGGAGAGGCGCAAGCUCGUGGAGGAGGCGCUGCGGCUGGAUUCACGCAAGAAGAAGUACCGCAAGCAGCAAACAAUCGAUGACCCGCUGGAAUGGAACAACCUCAACCGCGAGAAGGUGCAGGCUGUCGCUGCCCUUCAGCGGACAGCACAUGCCGACACGGCCAAGCAGCGCAAGGACCGCGACAAGGCGGCCCUCGACAAACAGCGCGCUGACCAAGCCAAGGCCAAGGCCGACCGCCAGAAGAAGGCGCAAAAGCAGGAGCGGAGGGGUUGA